UACACUGCCACUCACCGGUUCUCGCAAGAAUCGGCCAUGGCGUUCUGCACUCCUACUGCCACUCCAACUCCACACACCAGUUCAUGGAAGCACGUCGCCUUCUGCAACCCUUCCAGGCUAACCGCCGGCGCCGGCGGAGGCCAGAGGGGGGCGCGGUUGGCCGGUGCGAGCCUUGAGGUGCGCGCAUUGGCGCCGGCGACGGCGGCGGACGCGGCUGCGGCUGCGGCGCCCUCCUCUCCCAACGUGGACUACCUGGCGGCGGAGUUCGCCGGCCACGGCGUCAGCUUCGAGGCCGUCGGCGGCAGCUGCGCCGUGAAGAUGGAGGUGCGCAACGGCAGCGCCGCGCACCUGCUGCUGCCGGGCGGCCUCGUCACGUCCUACAAGCCGGCCAUGUGGCACGGCGCCCCGACGGAGGUGCUGCACACCACCGUCGCCGAGGGCCCCGGCGGCCGGGCCGUAAUCCGCGGCGGCGUGUCGAUGGACCUCCGCUGCGGUGCCGGCGACGGGGGCCAGCCGCCGUGGUCGCCGGGCGGCUCCUGGUCGCUCCGCGACGUCAGGGGGAGCCCCACGGGCUUCAUCGAAGUCGAGCUCGCGUCCGCCGCGCCGGCGGAGGAGGGCUGCGGGUGCGGCGGCGUUGAGGCGAGGUGCGUCGUGACGCUGCACCCGGAGGCGCUGGCCGCGGAGCUCACGGUGAGGAACAGCGCCGCCGCCGGCGUGGCGCUCUCCGCCGCCGUGUCCACCCACCUCCGCGUGAGCACGCCGGACGCCACCUACGCCGUGGGGCUCCAGGGCUCCGACUACCGCACCAUGGAUCCCGCGCGCACGGAGUUCACCAUCGUGCCCCCGGAGUUCAUGUCGCGGUCGCCGCCGCCCGCCGCCGCCACGACGUUCCCGCACCGCUGGGCCACCGAGGGCUUCGACGCGGUCCUCGCCGGCCGCCUCGGCGCGGCGGCGCAGGAGCCCGACGGCGAGGAGGACGACGACUACAAGCAGAUGACCGCGGAGAUGUGCCGCAUCUACAGCCACGCGCCCCGCCAAUUCACCAUCAUCGACAGGGGGAGGAGGAACUCCAUUUGCGUGCAGCGGAGAGGGUUCGAGGAGGUGUACGUGCUCAGCCCGGGGUCCAAGCACCAGUGGUACGGGAGAUACGCCUACGUGUGCGUGGGCCCCACGAUGCUGGAGCCCAUCCUGCUGGGGCCUGGGGCCACGUGGUCAGGGGCACAGUACUUGCACAACCCAAACUUUUAGAUACAAAAUACUUUCAGAUUUAUUCUUAAAAUCUCUUAUAUUUAAGGACGGAGGUUUCGAAUAGAUAAUUAGCUACCUGAGCAUUAGCUGCUGUGGGAAAACAAUCAAGGAUCUUGGAUUCUGUGAUUCAGUCCAGUGAUGAAUACAUCUGUCUCUACAUGUUACUCACAAUAAUGCAAGGAAAAUAUGUGAAAUAAUAGGUUUGCAUAUGUUGUCCACUGCUUGCUGUGGUGUUCUGCAACAUGGGAAAUGCGGAAGUGAGAUCCUCAGGAGCAGGAUCGUGUGAGAUCAGCUUAAAAGAGACGAGGAAAUGGAUACCCGGAGCGAUGUCUGUUUCUGCAUGCUCUCCUUCAUUGCUGGCCAACAACAAAAAGUACACAGAUCAGAUGUUUAUAUUUGCUACAGUUGUAAACAAUGCAAUGAGUAAUUGUAGUAGCACAACAUGAGCAUGUACAAAAUGCACAUAAUUAAGAUGUCAAGCAUAACAUUAGUUACCAAUAUCAGCAUGUAUGAAUUGCAAAAGUUCAAAUGAAUUAAGCUUAUAUAUCCCAAAACUGAUUA